GACCUAAGUGCCACGAACAAUCGCCCGAUACGUGGUCUAUUUUAUAUAUAAAUUUUAAAGGCUUUACACACAUGGACACGGUGUUGGUGUUAAUUCUGACGGCCGUGCUUGUUUACAUCCCUUUGCCAAUGCAGCAGCAGCAUCAGCAACAACAAUCACCAACGGCAGGGGUCGGCAACCUACGGCUCCGGAGCCGCAUGCGGCUCUUUACGGGCUGCUUCUUGACGAUAUGUGACACGGAGUUUGGUGGCGAGGCGGGGUUGGUGACCCGGGGACGUCCGUCACGGCGUUUCCCAGCAGCACUGCAGCGACGUGGAAGCGACACGGCAACUUUCUUCACUCAACAACCUCGGGCCGUCUAUUUGUUAUUUAUUCCCGCUGUGUAUCGCUGCAGAGACGCGCGGUCGUACGAAGCCCCCACUUCGCGGUCACUAAUUAAGCUGCAGUUGACCGCUAAUUGACUCGGUCGAGCUGCUGGGCGCGCCUUGAUCAUGAUUUCCGUCACGAAGCGAGCGGAUGCAGCUGAGCUUAAAGCCGUGUUUAAUAAGUACGCGAGUGUCGAGCACAAUGGAGAUCGCUUCAUGGCUCCAGCCGACUUUGUGCAACACUUCCUGGGCCUGCUCCGCCAACCCAACCACAAUCCGCGCGCUGUGAUCACGCUCGCUGGCGUAGCCGACACCAGCAAAGAUGGGCUCAUCUCCUUCCAGGAGUUUGUGGCGUUUGAGUCGGUGCUGUGCGCCCCCGACGCCCUCUUCAUGGUGGCCUUCCAGCUCUUUGACAAGCAGGGCAAAGGCGAGGUCACCUUCGACGGGGUGAAGGAGGUGUUCAGCCAGACCGACAUCCAUCACCAGAUUUCCUUCAACUGGGACUGCGACUUCAUCCGGCAGCACUUUGGCCACGACCGCACCAGGCGCCUCAUCUACUCCGAGUUCACGCAGUUCUUGCAGGAGCUGCAACUGGAACAUGCUCGGCAGGCCUUCGCCCUGAAGGACGUUAACAAGUCCGGUACGAUUCCAGCGCUGGCCUUCAACGACAUCAUGCUCACCAUCCGUCUGCACAUGCUGUCGCCGUUCGUGAAGGAGAACCUCGUGUCGGCAGCGGGAGGCAGCAAAACUCACCAGGUGAGCUUCUCUUACUUCAAUGCCUUCAACUCGCUUCUCAACAACAUGGAGCUGAUGCGCAAGAUCUACAGCACGCUGGGUGCAUCGCGCAAGGGCGUCGGCGUCACCAAAGAGGAGUUCGUGCUGGCAGCUCAGAGGUUCGGCCAAGUGACUCCGAUGGAAGUGGACAUCCUGUUCCAGCUGUCUGAUCUCUUCGAGCCAACGGGUCGAGUGACCCUGGCAGACAUAGAGAGGAUAGCUCCCCUCCAGGACGGUGCCAUGCCUUAUAACUUGGCUGAAGCCCAGCGGCAGCAAGCCUCAGACAAGUCAAGACCCAUUCUCAUCCAAGUGGCCGAAUCUGCCUACAGAUUUGGUCUGGGCUCAAUUGCCGGAGCGGUGGGCGCCACGGCCGUGUACCCCAUCGACCUGGUGAAGACGCGCAUGCAGAAUCAGCGCUCGACCGGCUCCUUCGUGGGCGAGCUCAUGUACAAGAACAGCUUUGACUGCUUCAAGAAGGUGGUGCGCUACGAGGGCGUCUUCGGCCUCUACCGAGGUCUCAUUCCUCAGCUCCUUGGAGUGGCUCCAGAAAAGGCCAUCAAGCUUACUAUGAAUGAUUUAAUAAGGGAUAAAUUCACGAAGAGGGACAACUCCAUCCCUUUGAUUGGAGAAAUCAUCGCCGGGGGCUGUGCGGGUGGCUCCCAGGUCAUUUUCACCAACCCGCUGGAGAUUGUCAAGAUCCGCCUGCAGGUGGCUGGCGAGAUCACAACGGGCCCGCGUGUCAGCGCCCUCAACGUGCUGCGUGACCUGGGCUUCCUGGGCCUAUAUAAGGGUGCCAAGGCGUGCUUUCUUCGCGACAUCCCCUUCUCUGCCAUCUACUUCCCGGUGUAUGCGCACACCAAGUCGAGUUUCGCAGACGAGAAAGGCCAUGUGGGGCCACUGCAGCUGCUCACGGCCGGUGCCAUCGCAGGCAUGCCGGCCGCCUCCCUGGUCACUCCGGCCGACGUGAUAAAGACGCGUCUGCAAGUGGCGGCGCGUGCCGGCCAGACCACAUACAGCGGCGUCAUAGACUGCUUUCGCAAGAUCCUGAACGAGGAGGGCCCUCGGGCCCUAUGGAAGGGCGCUGGAGCUCGUGUCUGCCGCUCGUCUCCGCAGUUUGGCGUCACUCUCCUCACGUACGAGCUGCUCCAGCAGUGGUUUCACGUCGACUUCGGUGGCCGAAGGCCAGAAACGGUACCCAAGUCUCCUCUUGCAGAUCUGCCUCCAAACCGGGUCGACCACAUUGGAGGCUACCGCCUGGCACAUGCCACCUUUGCCGGCAUCGAGAACAAGUUCGGCCUCUGCCUGCCUAAGUUCCGCGCGGCUGGAGGUGGUGGCCCCACAUCGGCUGGCCCGGUGGCUUCGGUGGCGCCCCUCGCUGUGCCCCAGGCCUAGGUGCAGCUGCUGCUGGCGCCCUGUUCCAUUUGCGCAGCUGAGCCUUCUCAUUAGUUUGUGGAACAAUUGUUUCACCAGUUGCAAUGGUGGGUUAUACAUUUCCGUCUGUUCUUUGCUCACUGGUUGGAAUAGUACGUAUAUUUUCAGUUUUUGAUGACCAAGUUAUGGUGUUAGUGGGUUAUACAUUUCCAUUCAUUCUUUGCCAACUGGUUCCCAUGGUGGUUUAUCCAUCUUUAGUCAAUCUUUGGUGACCAGCCAUGCAAUUAUUUCAGCAGCCAAUUGCAACUAGAAAUUCUUGAUGUACUAGAGCAUUCGUUUGUUUGAGACACUUUAUAUCAGUGGAUAUUUCCACCUACAGUAAAAACCCUUGAAUGAUUUAUCUUGUGAGUACAGGUGAACCUGUCCCAUGCCUGUCACAUCUAUUCGACCAGCUGUUGGGAUCCGCUCUGCAAUCUGCUAUCGUGAUCUUACCUCUGUUAACUGUGCAGAAUGCUGUCGUUUUAAGAGCCUGGGAUUAAUUUUUUGCACAAGUUCUGAUGGUAAAGGUUUGUAAGCAAUUCAAAUUCUAAUGAGAAUGUAUUUUACUCGAGAACAGAAAACAGAGUGGUAACCAUAUGUGAAAAAAUUAUAAACUUUUUUUUCCUACUCAGACCGGUCGGUGUGUUUGCGCGUUUUGUCCUUGGCAUUGAUGGAAUUAUCCUCUGCUGCUGUGUUUUUGUCUAAUAACCGCACAACUUGGCUUUAUUGGGUCAGCCAAAAUAGUGAUUUGACUCAUGGCAGAAGAAACUUCCGUCUAACAAUGCCUAGUGUGGUACGUACAGUAAUAUUGCACACAAUGCAGCUGAUAUUUUAUUUCAGCACAAUUUGAAUGUAAUUGUGAGUCCGUUUCAUUGUUUUAGUAAAAAUGUAUUCCGGCAAAUUCAUUUAGCUUGCGAGUCCCCCCGCGCGCCAGCAUCUGUGUGUCCGUUGCACUUAAAACUGGACGCGCAGAAGUUGCAAAUGUAUGCUGAAGACAGGGUCAUUACGCACUUGAGAACGCGCGGACCACAGAGGCCUGCUGGAGAAAAUUGUAAAAAUGUGUGUGCUGUUCAGACUUGCACUUGUGAGCUCGUACUAAGUGCAAGCGUGUUAAGGUCUGGCUGCCUUGUUUUCCAUCCAAAGGACGUUCCUUUAUAAGCUGCCUUGGUUUGGGAGACUAAGAAAUGUAGGCCUCAUUGCUCCAUCUUAAUGCAUAGAAAGGUACUUCUCAGUUUAUUUUUUAUUUUCUAUGGGUGGCGUCUGCCUUGAAUGCUGUACAACAACUCACAAAGCCACGGUUGCAGAAGAUCAAGGCUUCACGUUGCCCAUGGCCGCUUGCAGUGAAUGUGUUUUAUUGUUGUGUCCAUUUCAUCUGCUACAAAAUCUUUACAGUUGAAGAGUUUGUGUUUUAAUCUUAAAAUGUUCCGAUUUUUGUCUUCCUUUUCGUCACGGUAUAUCUAAUCAAUAUGUUCUGAAUGUAAAACACGGAAGCACCUUGUAGGUUUCUUCAAGCAAUAUAUAAAUGUUCUGUUAAAAUUAUUGUUUGUGAUCACUCUGUAACCUCAAGUUCUUAAUGGGCAUCUUUAUGAAUGCAGUUGACAUCGGAAACAAUGCACUGAGGUUCGUUAUGGAAAUAUAUCAAGCAGUUUUAACCCUUGCGGAGGGUUAUCUGAACAAUGAUUCGCCCAGUAUUCAGCUGCUGGCAUUCCAGCCUAACAAACAUUUCCCAUUUUUAUAAAUGGUUAUUGUACCUCCUGCAUUCUUCCAGAAUCUCUUGAAAGUCCACAGCGGCGUUAACCUUAAAGCAUCCGUUGUGUAUGGCGAAGCCACUUUUCUCACUGAUUUGAUCUCCUUUGUCACGAACGUGAUCUGUUCUCACGAACUUAUAAAUGCACAUUCUAAUGAAAACAAGCUGAAGUGCCGUGUCUCUUUGGUAGCUUAGCAUUUCAUACGUUUGAUCAUAAAACACACCACAAACCAUUGUGUUGACUUUGGGACCAUCUAAAGCACAGUUGUCAAAAAUACAGACAAAAAUAAGUGAAUUAUGUAGCGAGUGGUGGGUAUAUUUUUUCAUGUUUCAGUACAGACUUAUUCAAUUGGAUCCGACCAAUCCACGUGACACCCGCUGCCCUACAUUAAUAUCUAAAAUGGCUCAGUUGCAACUAUUCACCUAAUAUAAUUGGACUCCCAACUCAAUGCAAUGCAGGAUCUGGUUCGGCGAUGACAUUGCAACGUGUCCAUAUAAUCUGGUAUUUAAAGAGACGCACUGAAUAUUUUUUUAUGGACGUUUUGAGCAUUUUGCUUUGAAGAUCAAAUGUUCAAAAUGUCUUUUGCCAAUUAAACCUAAGACGGUGCCCUCAGUUGUAAAAAAUAAGCAUAUUCCCAUAGAAGCAUAGCAUUGGUUGCUUCCUUUAGUUAACCCUAUAUCCUUCCAUGGUUGCAGAAUCAAUUAUAUGGUCAUUGGGUUAGGCUUGUCUGAUAUAUAUUUUCCCCUAGUGCCAAAGAUUACAUUCAAAGCAGUGCACUGUGCCUUACGAGGAUUGUGAUGCUGUCUUGACACGUACACCGUUGCUUGUUGCUGGGUUUUUGUUUUAUUUACGAUGUUGCCUCCAUGUUUUGGGGCGUUCCGUGCUCUCCCUGUCUCCGAAGAAUGGAUGCUAUUGUUGAGUGCGUUUUGCGUCAGAGGGAGCCAUUUCCAAUGCAGUGCAGUGACGCGUGGGAUUUGCCAUUGUUGCGCCGGGCCAGGCGAAUCGUAAUAGGAAUGGCAAAACGUAGACGUUGAUAAUUACCGAGGACCUGUAGCUUCCGCACCGAAGUGGCAUCUCCGUUGGCCGUUUUGUGUUACAAAAUGGGCUCGUGCAGGAAGCCACGUUGCCUCUGCAUCUGGAUUGAGAUCAAAUAAAUACAGUCAAUACGCCGCUAAUUUUUUUAACGCAUCCCAUCAGCCACCACUGCCUUCUGGGAGCAUUAUUUCCCCUCCCAACAACAUUGGUUUAAUACGAGAACUCUUGGAAUGCAGUGUCAGCAGUCAAGCUUGCUUAGACGAAUGCUGAUGGACUGCCUAAUUUGUAUAGGCAAGGACGUAUGGCUCCUGAUUCGACGCAAGGGUUUUGUUUUUAUCCACGUCACAAUGAUAAUUUGCGUCAUUGUGGAGUGUAUCUGAGUUUAUGGAUUGAGUUAGGUGUGUUUUAUGGUCAGUAAUGACUAGUUAAUGCUGCUGUUGUGUUACGGUUAUCACACUGUAACUACAAUGUAACUACAGAAGGUUGCUGGUACAAUGUCCCGUCAGCCGCAGUUAAAACAAUGGUGCAAGUUUCCUAAAUUCUCCAACCCCCCCCCCUCAUCUGUCCACCCAACAGUAUAAUGGGCACAGGUGGCGGUGGGGUAAAAUGUGGGAACUGCCACCUCAACCAAGACAUGGGGAGCAAGCGUGGAGAAGUAGCCCACAAUACCCUUGAGAGGGGCUGCCUAUAGUGGAGGCCCUUUCGCCAGCAGGAGUGCGAGCAAGCAAUUGCAGGGUAGCGCCUUUGCUUUUCAGAAUCACAAUAUGUAUUUAAACUGGAGGAAUCCGAUGAGCUAUGAAGCUCUUUCACAGAUUGCUUUUAAGGCACGGAAUUGUGGCUUGCAAUUACAUUUCAUAACAAGUUUAAUUCCAUCUUCUCGAUUUAAAGCUUUCGUGACUGCAGGGAUUCAUCUUCUUGGUUCUUUCGGUAAAGUCACGUAGAAGGGAAGUAAUAAAAUAAUAAAAAUAAAACAUAAUAAAAUAAUUCUCACGACGUUUCAGAACCAAGAAGAUGAAUCCCUGCAGUCACGAAAGCUUUAAAUCGAAAUUUAAGUUUAAUUUCUCAUAGGAACAUAAAAAAUGCAGCUGCGGAAGUGCCUGGGGUGCAUGUACACCUGUGUGGGUGGUGGUGUGUGGGUGGUGUUAAAAAAAAAUCAUGGCCCUGUCACUCAGCAGAGGUCCAGUAUUUUGGUAAACAGAUACUAUAGCAACGUCGGUCGCUCUCACCUGUUUUUUUCUAUCGCUGCCGUGCGCUAUGCUGGCAUAAAGGUGAUACACGAGUUUCCAAAGCCAAAAGCUGACAUUUAACAAACACCCCCCCCCCCCACGCGUAAACCUGAAGCGGUUACGCACGUGUUAAAGCAGCUAAGUAGUGAUUUCGCAAAUCCUCAUUUUAAUCACUUGUGGAAACGACUAGUUGUGUCAAUAUUCCUCAGAACUUCCAGCAAAUGUGAAAACUAUCACUACUGUGAUGAGCCAAGAAUGUCUGUGUGUAACGCGCGUGACGUCACUCCACAUGCCGCACCCCCCCUCAUUAAUAUUCAUGAGCGGGUGGAUUUUUACACUUACGCAGAAGGUCGAGCGGAAAUUAUUUUUCUUUCGCAAAUUCGCUUUAAGUUUGACGUUUCUUUAUUGGAAGUGAAUCUAAUAAAUAAUUCUACACAGCAACAAA